AUGUCAAGCGAACCGGAGCAAGGCAAUGGUGCUGGCGAUGACGAAGAUAGCGGCGGCCUGCCUGAGGACCAGAUGUUCGAGAUGCUCACCCGCGUCUCCCUCGACGACCUCUCCGCGUGCCGCCAGGUGUCUGCCCAGUGGCGCCGGCUCACGUACGAGCCGGCGUUCUCACCGCUGCACUGCCGCCGCCGCGCCGACGCCGUCGUCUCGGGAUACUUCGUCCAGGGCAUGGCGCGCAACCGCUACUCCGCUACCUUCGUAUCCAUGCACCCCUCCCAGGCCGACGCUGAUCCGUCCGUCUCCCUCGACUUCCUGCCCUCCGCGCACGUCCGCGUCGAGGCUGUCUCCGCGCACCGCGGCCUCGCGUGCUGCGUCGAUGCCGACGCGGACGCCGCCGCGCGCAUGGGCGGCAAGGCGUCGUCGGCACGGUGCUACUAUGCGUGCAAGCCCGCCACGAGGCAGUGGCGUGCGCUGCCCAACCCAAGGCUGCGCUUCCCCACGGCGGUCACCGCGAUGGUGGCGCGCCCGGCCGGCGCCGGCGCCGCGGCGGACUUCAAGAUCCUCCGGCUCUCGGUCCCGACGCUGCGUGACCACCUGCGCUGCGAGAUCUUCGACUCGCGGAGGCGCGCGUGGCGGCGCUCGGCAGACGUGAUGGUGUGGCCGGAGUCGCUCGUGGCCGCUGGCCCGGCGGUGAGGGCCCACGGCGCCAUGCAUUGGCUCCGGUGGCCGGACAGGGUCAGCGCCGCCGAGGACAUCUUCGCGUUCGACAUGAAGAGCGAGGCGUGGAGGCUCAUUGUUCUCCCGCCGGAGGUGGAGGACAGAACGGACAGGUGGGCGGGCAAGAAGAAGCUGGUGACGGUGGAGGGGAAGCUGUGCCUGGUAGUGAUCGUGGAUGAGGAGGCGGAGGUGUGGGUGAUCACUGACUACGGCAGGCAGCAGGAGAGAUGGGAGAAGAAGAUGGCGGUGAACUUGAAGAAUCUCGGGAUGCAGGAAGGGAGAGCUCUUAUACUCAGGGAUCUCUGCUCCUCCGAGGUCGCAUUCUUCAACAGUGUAUACAGAGUGAUCUGGUACGAUUUUUGGAGGGGCAAGAUAGCAGAAGUCCCCGUGCAUCACAAAUGCAUACAAGAAGUUUUCAAGUAUGAGUCGGAUUUGGUCCUUUGGGACAUCGAUGAAAACAAAAUCUAGACUGAUGACACUGCAAAGUAUGCGUUUCGGAAGACGCGAUCUCUAGAAUUGCCAAUCUUGCAGUGGCAUCUACUCUCCGUGUCCUGGUUGAGCCUCUCUCUUUUUCGUGAGAGAAGGAAACAACUAAUCUUGAUGAUGUCGACAAAUUCAAUUACCUCCGUCUUUGAUUAUCACCAAUUAGCUCCAUCAUUUAUUAACACCACUUCAGGUCAAUAAUUUGUGUUAAAUUUUGUUGGAAUUCAGAUGUAAUCUAAGCUUAGAAAUAUGUACAAUGCUUGAAGGGUAUUAGUUUUUAAGAGAAA